GUCUUGUUUGCUUGGGAAGGUAGCAACCGAACUAACGUAGACAUAAUUUAUUGAGUGGAGCGGCUGUUGGUACUGGAAAUUCGAGUACAAGACAGAGCCAUUGCUCCCCAAGAGUAGGAAGUCAAAUGAGAGAAACUGCACACAUAAACAAAGAGGUGAAGCCCUAUAGGUGUGGAUUUGCUGGAGAAACUGGUCCAAGAUGCAUAAUUCCUAGUGUGAUAAAAAAAGCUGGCUUGCCUAAGCCUAUCAAAGUUGUUCAAUAUAAUAUCAAUACAGAAGAAUUAUAUUCCUACUUAAAGGAAUUCAUCCACAUACUGUAUUUCAGGCAUCUGUUGGUGAAUCCUAGAGACCGCCGAGUUGUGGUUAUCGAGUCGGUAUUAUGUCCUUCCCACUUCAGAGAGACACUCACUCGUGUUCUUUUCAAGUAUUUUGAGGUUCCAUCUGUCCUGCUUGCUCCAAGUCAUCUAAUGGCUCUUCUGACACUUGGAAUAAAUUCGGCCAUGGUCCUGGAUUGUGGAUAUAGGGAGAGCCUCGUGUUACCUAUAUAUGAAGGGAUCCCAGUACUGAAUUGUUGGGGAGCACUCCCUCUAGGAGGAAAAGCUCUUCACAAGGAGUUGGAAACUCAGCUACUGGAACAAUGUACUGUUGACACAGGUGCUGCUAAAGAGCAGAGCCUUCCCUCUGUGAUGGGUUCAAUUCCAGAAGGUGUCCUAGAGGACAUUAAAGUGCGCACUUGCUUUGUAAGUGAUCUGAAACGUGGAUUAAAAAUCCAAGCAGCAAAAUUUAAUAUUGAUGGGAAUACUGAGCGUCCCUCACCACCCCCAAAUGUUGACUACCCAUUAGAUGGAGAGAAGAUUUUACAUGUUCUUGGAUCAAUCAGAGAUUCGGUUGUGGAAAUUCUGUUUGAACAAGAUAAUGAAGAGAAAUCAGUUGCCACUUUAAUACUGGAUUCUCUUAUACAGUGCCCAAUAGACACCAGAAAGCAGCUCGCAGAGAAUUUGGUAGUCAUAGGUGGCACGUCGAUGUUGCCAGGAUUUCUCCACAGAUUGCUGGCGGAAAUAAGGUAUUUGGUAGAAAAACCAAAAUAUAAAAAAGUACUCGGCACCAAGACAUUCCGAAUCCAUACUCCACCUGCAAAGGCCAAUUGUGUGGCGUGGUUGGGAGGAGCUAUUUUUGGUGCACUACAAGACAUACUUGGGAGCCGUUCAGUCUCAAAGGAAUAUUAUAAUCAGACAGGCCGUAUACCUGAUUGGUGUUCUCUUAACAACCCUCCGUUGGAGAUGAUGUUUGAUGUUGGAAAAACUCAGCCACCUCUGAUGAAGAGAGCAUUUUCCACUGAGAAAUAAAAGUUUGAUUAAAAUUCAGCUUUGCUUCAUAUCAAGUAUCUAAUCGAUUAUAAGCAAAUGGUACAAAGUAUAUAGGAUGCUCUUAGAGAUGACUUUAUGGCAAUGAAAACAUUUCUGUAAUGACUUUUUGCAUUGCGAUUCUUUUGAAUUUUGUUUUUCUUGUGUAGUGGUAAAAUGGUAGCUGAUGCUUAAUGAAAUUUGUUGUAUUUAUAUCAAUAAAAUAUAGUAAAGCGGUUUAA